AUUAGGUUGCUAUCUCGCCGUGGGAGCUGCCUUCUGUUCUGUCGCUGUGCUUGAGCAGGGCGCCUUUCAUUUGGGGUGAGGGAAGCAUCAAAAAAGCAAAACCAAAGGACGCAAACGCACACCUCGCAAAGAUGGAUCAUUAUGACUCUCAGCAAACCAAUGACUACAUGCAGCCAGAGGAAGACUGGGACAGGGAUCUACUUUUGGAUCCAGCCUGGGAAAAGCAGCAGAGAAAGACAUUUACAGCCUGGUGCAACUCUCACCUCCGGAAGGCUGGCACACAGAUUGAGAACAUAGAAGAAGAUUUCAGGGAUGGCCUUAAACUUAUGUUACUCUUGGAAGUUAUAUCGGGUGAACGUUUGGCUAAACCGGAAAGAGGCAAAAUGCGAGUGCAUAAAAUCUCAAAUGUGAACAAAGCUCUUGAUUUCAUUGCUAGUAAAGGAGUCAAAUUGGUAUCUAUUGGAGCAGAAGAAAUUGUUGAUGGGAAUGCGAAAAUGACACUUGGAAUGAUUUGGACCAUCAUCCUCCGUUUUGCCAUUCAGGACAUCUCUGUGGAAGAGACAUCUGCUAAGGAAGGGCUUUUGUUGUGGUGUCAAAGGAAGACAGCCCCAUACAAAAAUGUGAACAUCCAAAACUUCCAUAUUAGCUGGAAGGAUGGCCUUGGUUUCUGUGCCUUGAUUCAUAGACAUCGCCCAGAGCUCAUUGACUAUGGGAAGCUAAGAAAGGAUGAUCCUCUCACUAACCUGAACACAGCUUUUGAUGUGGCUGAAAGGUUCCUUGAUAUCCCAAAAAUGUUGGAUGCUGAAGACAUUGUUGGAACUGCCCGUCCUGACGAGAAGGCCAUCAUGACCUAUGUUUCUAGCUUCUACCACGCCUUCUCAGGAGCCCAGAAGGCGGAAACAGCAGCCAAUCGGAUCUGCAAGGUGCUGGCAGUUAAUCAAGAGAAUGAACAGUUAAUGGAAGAAUAUGAGAAGUUGGCCAGUGAUUUGCUGGAGUGGAUCCGCCGCACCAUACCUUGGCUAGAAAAUCGGGUACCAGAGAACACCAUGCAAGCCAUGCAGCAGAAACUGGAGGAUUUCCGAGAUUACCGCCGUCUUCACAAGCCUCCCAAAGUCCAAGAGAAGUGCCAGCUAGAGAUAAACUUUAAUACAUUGCAGACAAAGCUGCGGCUUAGCAACAGGCCAGCCUUUAUGCCUUCAGAAGGGAAAAUGGUCUCGGAUAUAAACAAUGCAUGGGGUGGACUAGAGCAGGCUGAGAAGGGCUAUGAAGAGUGGCUUUUGAACGAGAUCCGAAGAUUAGAACGGCUGGAUCACCUGGCUGAGAAGUUCCGCCAGAAAGCUUCCAUUCAUGAAUCAUGGACAGAUGGCAAAGAAGUAAUGUUGCAGCAGAAGGAUUAUGAAACGGCGACCCUGUCAGAGAUCAAGGCCCUCUUAAAGAAGCAUGAGGCAUUCGAAAGUGACCUUGCUGCUCACCAGGACCGUGUGGAACAGAUUGCUGCUAUUGCCCAAGAGCUCAAUGAGCUGGAUUAUUACGAUUCACCAAGUGUCAAUGCCAGGUGCCAGAAAAUAUGUGACCAGUGGGAUAACUUGGGGGCUCUGACCCAGAAACGUCGGGAAGCCCUUGAGAGAACAGAAAAAUUGCUGGAGACAAUUGACCAGCUGUAUCUAGAAUAUGCCAAACGAGCUGCCCCUUUCAAUAACUGGAUGGAGGGCGCCAUGGAGGACCUCCAAGACACCUUCAUAGUCCAUACCAUUGAGGAGAUCCAGGGAUUGACCACAGCCCAUGAACAGUUCAAAGCUACCUUGCCAGAUGCUGACAAGGAACGACAGGCAAUCCUAGGAAUCCACAAUGAAGUGUCAAAAAUUGUCCAGACCUACCAUGUCAAUAUGGCAGGAACCAACCCCUACACCACCAUCAACCCACAGGAAAUAAAUAGCAAAUGGGAUCAUGUGAGACAACUAGUUCCCAGGCGGGACCAGGCCUUGAUGGAAGAACAUGCACGCCAGCAACAUAAUGAGAGACUGCGCAAGCAGUUUGGGGCCCAGGCCAAUGUUAUUGGGCCUUGGAUCCAAACCAAGAUGGAGGAGAUUGGUCGUAUCUCCAUAGAGAUGCACGGGACUCUGGAGGAUCAGCUCAGUCAUCUGCGACAGUAUGAGAAGAGCAUUGUGAACUACAAACCAAAGAUUGAUCAGCUGGAGGGAGAUCACCAGCAAAUUCAGGAGGCACUCAUCUUUGACAAUAAGCACACCAAUUACACCAUGGAGCACAUCAGAGUGGGCUGGGAGCAGCUCCUCACAACAAUCGCCAGAACCAUUAAUGAAGUAGAAAACCAGAUUCUGACCCGAGAUGCCAAAGGAAUCAGCCAGGAACAGAUGAAUGAAUUUCGUGCCUCCUUCAACCACUUUGACAGGGACCACUCCGGCACACUUGGCCCUGAGGAAUUCAAAGCCUGCCUCAUCAGUUUGGGUUACGAUAUUGGAAACGAUGCACAGAAGAAGACUGGCAUGCUGGAUUGUGAAGACUUCCGCACCUGCCUUAUCUCCAUUGGUUACAAUAUGGGUGAAGCAGAGUUUGCUCGAAUCAUGAGCAUUGUAGAUCCCAACCGCAUAGGAGUAGUGACGUUCCAGGCCUUCAUUGACUUCAUGUCUCGAGAAACGGCUGAUACUGAUACAGCUGAUCAAGUUAUGGCCUCCUUCAAAAUACUGGCUGGAGAUAAAAAUUAUAUCACUGUGGAUGAAUUACGGCGGGAACUGCCUCCUGACCAAGCUGAAUAUUGCAUUGCUAGAAUGGCACCUUACACUGGGCUGGAUUCUGUGCCUGGUGCCUUGGACUACAUGUCUUUCUCUACAGCUCUCUAUGGCGAAAGUGACCUUUAACUACCAACUAUCUAUCCACCACACAUCUUUACCCUCUCCCAUCCAGGCGCACUUUUCUUUCUGUUUGCAGAGUGGGCUCUGCUCUGCGUCCCCCCCCCUCCUGUUUCCACGUCAGAUAACAGGUCCCAUUUAUGGAGGGUAGGGGGCGGGGCAGAGGGGAGAAUGUGAAAAUGAAACUAUCUAUUAUGCCCCUGAAAAUAACGGUUUACAAAAUUAUUUUCUGCAAGAGAAGUUACAUUUAAACAAGUGUAUUUUAUUAUAGAAAAAAGUAUUUUUCUCCAAGAUUGAAGCAUAAAUAGAAAACUUUAAGUAUUAUAUGAAAUGUAUGAGGUUUCUUUUUUCCUUGUCCAAACAUAGGAAAUGGAGUUCAAUGUUGCGUUCCAUCCUGACAUCCCUCCCCACCCCCCAGCCUCACUUGUUCUGUCCAUCUUCCCAUCUGUCUGUCACUUUUUUUCAGAGGGGGGAGACACAUAAAUGCAUGUAUUGCUGGUUCACUCAUUUCAUGAAAAUAUUUUACAAUAAAACUUUUUGAAAUUGCUGUGUUUUUUAGGGAAAAAUAAUGUACACAGCUCAUGUUUUAAUAUUUAAUUAAAAUGACAAUAUGCCUCCUAUGUGUUGUUGCUGAAAGUUGCCUGGUUUCCAAACACAGUAAUAAUAAUAAUAGAGCUUGAGAGUUGGCAUCUUUGAUAUUGCUUGUCACGGAACAUAUUAAAGAAUAUGUGAUAACAAAUCUAGACGUCAUUCUUUUGUCUAGUCAAUUUGUUUAAUGCUGUUUAGCUAUAACCAGAAAGACUUUCCAAAAACUUUUCAAAAGACAUUUGGUAGCUGGGAUUUUUUUGUAUAUUAUUCUGAUGUUAAUGUUUUUAUCUGUUUUCUUAAAUGCAAGACACCAAAGUGCUUUU